GUCUACUGUUACGACGCUUCGUGAACGCACCUUGGCUACAGUUGCUAUAGAUACAAAGCAAAACCCCGGGAAGUUAAUGUUUCCAAGCCGACAACAGUAGUGGGUCAUGCAGAUGCUGUUAGGUUACAAAAAUGGAGGAUCGCUACGCCUUUCUUGCUGAGUGGUAUGACCCAACUGCAGCUCUCCUGCGGCGCUACCAACUGUUCUACUACCCCAAAGAUGGCUCUGUGGAAAUGUUUGAUGUAAAGAACCAGCGAAUAUUUUUGAGAAGGACCAAAUAUGACGACAUCCAUCAAGAGGACCUGUUUGUUGGGAAUCGAGUGAAUGUGUUCUCACGGCAGCUGAAUCUGAUUGAAUAUGGGGAUCAGUACACAGCAAACAAACUUGGCAGCAAAAAAGAAAGAACUCUCGCUUUGAUAAAGCCAGAUGUAUUUACCAAGAUUGGAGAUGUCCUUGAAUUGAUAUACUCCUCCAACUUGAUUGUGACCAAAGCCAAAAUGACAAAUCUUACAUGGAGCCAAGCAACAGACUUUUAUGUGGAACAUCAGUCGAAGCCUUUCUUCAAUAACCUGGUGCAGUUUGUGUCCUCGGGGCCUGUGGUUGCCAUGGAGCUGAUGGGUGAUGAGGCCGUGUCUAUCUGGAGGAGGCUCCUGGGACCUGCAGACUCUGCUGUGGCUCGGAGGGAGGCACCGCAGAGUGUCCGUGCCCAGUUUGGAACAGAUGGCAUCAAAAAUGUUGGACAUGGCUCUGACUCACUUGCCGCAGCAGCAAGAGAGCUUGAAUUUUUUUUCCCAUCCACAAUUGGCCAUGGUCCCUCUAAUACCGCUACCUAUACAGACUGCACAUGCUGCAUCAUCAAACCUCAUGUCAUAUCAGAAGGCCUGACCGGGAAGAUCCUGAACUCCAUAUCUGCAGCUGGAUUUGAAAUCUCAGCUCUUCAGAUGUUCAAUGUGGACCGGGCAAAUGCAGAAGAAUUCUAUGAAGUUUACAAAGGUGUUGUAGCAGAGUAUCCUAGUAUGGUCACCGAGCUGUGUUCUGGACCUUGCAUGGUCCUGGAGAUCCAUGGCACCGACACACCGCAGACAUUCAGGGAAUUCUGUGGACCUGCUGAUCCAGAAAUCGCACGGCAUCUUCGUCCGACCACAUUGCGUGCUCUUUAUGGCAAAGACAAAGUGAAAAACGCAGUCCACUGUACAGACCUCCCCGAGGACGGUGUUCUGGAGGUGCAGUAUUUCUUCAAGAUUUUGGAGGGAUGAAUGUACUCAUGAAAACUCACUCCACACUCAGAGACUUCACAGUUGUCUCAUUUUUCUGUUUAUUGUUUCAGCCUUAUGCAGAUUAAAUAAAGUGACAAGAGCAGA